GCCCGUGAGGCCGGAGCUGGCGCUGUGGCACCGCUGGGACAACGACGCGGUUUACGUUGCUGCGGCGCGAAGCAAUUGCAGCGGGAGACCCGAAACCGUGACACGGAGUCGGUUUGAUCACUGUAAGCACGGUCGUGUGACACCACCUAGAGCGUAUCUCCCAACUGUCGGGAAUGGAAACAAUUUUGAAAUUAUCAUCAUAGAUGAUGGGAGCCCGGAUGGGACACAGGAAGUUGCUGAACAAUUGGAAAAGAUCUAUGGAUCAGAUAAAAUACUUCUAAGACCCAGAGCAAGAAAAUUGGGCCUCGGCACUGCUUAUAUUCAUGGAAUGAAACACGCCACUGGGAAUUUUAUUGUUAUUAUGGAUGCUGACCUCUCUCAUCAUCCAAAAUUUAUUCCAGAGUUUAUCAGAAAGCAGAAAGAAGGCAAUUUUGAUAUUGUUUCUGGAACAAGAUAUAAAGGAAAUGGAGGAGUGUAUGGCUGGGAUUUGAAAAGAAAAUUAAUCAGUCGUGGUGCCAAUUUUAUAACUCAGGUUUUGCUGAGACCAGGUGCAUCAGACUUAACAGGGAGUUUCAGGUUAUACAGAAAAGAAGUCUUACAGAAACUAAUGGAAAAAUGUGUUUCUAAAGGAUACGUUUUCCAGAUGGAGAUGAUUGUUCGGGCUAGACAGUUAGGAUAUACUAUUGGAGAGGUUCCUAUUUCAUUUGUGGACCGUGUCUAUGGAGAAUCUAAACUGGGAGGCAAUGAAAUAGUCUCCUUCUUAAAGGGACUGUUGACCUUGUUUGCUACAACGUGAUAGUUUAUGCUAAUUAACUUUUUUAGAAAAACAUUUUCUGACAUCUGUGUGUUUUUAAUACAUAAUAGUAGAAGCUUGAUAAUUUGUGUGGUAACCAGAAGACCUGCUAAAACCUAACAAUUAAAAAACCCAAUUAAACUAAAUAUGUUGUAUCCCAAAAUGCUUAUUUCAAAAUAAAUGAACUGUAUGUUAAAGUAAAAACUAAUAAAAGACUAAUGCUCUAUUCUAUUUUUGUAAAAAUAAUGAAGUCUUAAUAAAGAACACAAAGCUAAAUAUCUCUUGCAUUUAGAAAUUAAUCGUUAUUUAGCAGAA